CUAAUGCAUAGUUUGAGUAACUACAAAAAAAAAAUUCAGAAAACUAUAUUUUCAUAAUUGUGAUGUUAUGAUUCAGUUAACUAUGCACUUUUCUCUCAGUGCAAGCAACUGCUAAAAAUUUGAAAGAAAAAAUUAUCUUUCCAUCAUGUUUAGUAUUGCAUUGGGAUGGAAAACUUCUUGAUGAUUCAGAAAGUGUCAAAAAAGUUGAGAGAUUGCCGGUAAUAGUAACAGGACUAGAUUUUGAACAUAUUUUGGGCGUUCCCAAAUUAGUUACUGGAGACAGUAAAAAUCAAACCGAUGCCAUAAUUAAAUUAUUAGAUGAAUGGAAGAUUAAAAACAAAAUUAAGGCUUUAUGUUUUGAUACUGCUGCUGUAAAUACGGGCUUGAAUAAUGGAACAUGCACUCAGCUUGAACGUGAGUUGAACAGAAAUCUUCUUCAUUUGGGUUGUAGACAUCAUAUAUACGAGUUGGUGCUUAGAAGUGUCGCAGAAACGUGUUGGCCGGUUACAAGUGGUCCUAAUGUUGCAAUAUUCAAUCGCUUCAAAAAUAAUUGGGAAAAUAUAAAUAAAGAAGAAUUUGAGACUGGAAUUGAAGAUUCUGAAGUUGAGAUAAAAACCAGAGACAUGAAAGACGAAAUUCUACAAUUUAUUUCAAGUCAAAUCAAGGAAUAUCAGCCGCGAGCUGACUACAAAGAACUGUUGGACUUAACUUAUAUUUUUUUGGGAGGAACUCCAUCAAGUCACUUUGGAUUCAAGCGACCUGGAGCGAUGCACCAUGCAAGAUGGUUAUCGAAAGCUAUUUAUUGUCUGAAAAUUUUUAUGUUUAAGAAGCAAUUUAAAGUAAAUGCCAAAGAAAUACCUCAGCUCCGAGACAUAUGUCUAUUUAUCGUUACAAUUUAUGUAAAAGCGUGGUGUCAAUGCCCUAAUGCUAUUAAAGCUCCAAAUCAGGAUUUACAGUUUUUGAAAGACAUCAUCAAGUACAAAGAUAUCAACAGAAAAAUUUCGAGUGCAGCUAUGGAUACAUUUUUAAGACACGGGUGGUACUUGUCAGAAUCUCUUGCCCCACUAUCUUUUUUCGACGACUCAAUACCUCGAGAGAUUAAAUUAAAAAUGAUUAACUCAUUUAAACAUAAUGAAAGUGUUUCAGAUGCUAAACGGAUCAGAGUACAAAUAUCUGAGAAUAUUUGUGCCCUAGAUAUGAGUGAAUUUAUUACCAAAAAAUCAACAGUUUUAUUUGAUUCAUUUAACUUGCCAUACGAUUUUCUUAACAUGGAUCCUAUGUUAUGGAAUACAAAUAAAAACUAUAUUGAUUGUUUAAAAUUCUUCAAAGAACUAAAAGUAGUCAACGAUGUGGCAGAGCGUGCGGUUGCUUUAAUUGAAAAAUACAACCAAUUUGGGACCAAAGAUGAAGAACAAAAACAAUAUCUGUUACAAGUAGUUGCUGCUCAUAGAAGAGAAUAUCCGAAUUGUAAUAAGAAAAAUUAUUCAUAAUUCGCAGUUAAUACUUCAUCAAAAGA